CGGCGGCGCGGCGGGGGCAGCGGGGGCGGCAAGCAGCCCAUCAAAGCUCCUGAAGCAGUUUCUACCAUCAUUACUGCGGAAUCAAUAUUUCACAAGGGAGUGUAUUACCAGAUUGGAGAUGUUGUUUCUGUAGUUGAUGAACAAAAUGGAAAAACGUACUAUGCUCAAAUCAGGGGCUUUAUCCAGGACCAGUACUGUGAGAAGAGCGCAGCACUCACGUGGCUCCUCCCCACGACGGCCAGCCCCAAAGACCAGUUUGACCCGGCCUCUUACAUCAUAGGACCAGAAGAAGAUCUUCCAAGGAAGAUGGAAUAUUUGGAAUUUGUUUGUCAUGCACCUUCAGAAUAUUUUAAAUCUCGAUCCUCACCAUUCCCCAUUGUCCCCACUAGACCAGAGAAAGGGUACAUAUGGACUCAUGUUGGGCCUACUCCCGCAAUAACCAUUAAGGAAACAGUUGCCAACAACUUGUAGUGUAGGAUGGCUUUUUAAGACUGAAUUUUCCUACGUCCUCUGGGCACAGCAUUACAAGAUGUCAGUAUACUUACUGAAA